AACACCACACUGGAACCUUUCUUGGGCUGCCAAGGUGUGAAAGUCUGUCUUCCAAGUUUUUGGAUGACUGGUAAGGAUGUUUGCUUGACAGGCUGAAGGAGAAAACUGCUGAGCGUCUGAAGGAACAUGUGUCCCAAGGUAGAGGAUGAGAUGAAAGUCCAGGCACUUCUUCUUGUGUGGGCAUUUACAACCCUAUGCUUGGUUUCGUACACUGCAGCCUUCUCCCAUGGUGCCAGCCUUUCAGCAUGUACUGAUAUGAGGCCCAAACAUAUCAGAGCUCAUCUUCAGAAUCCACAAAAUAACUAUAUUACCAUCCACACCAAUAUGUCCUUUUUUCUAGGUGACAAAGUUCCAGUCACAGUCAGGAGCACACGUGAUUUUAUGGGCUUUAUGCUUCAAGCUCGCAGGAUAUCAAACGAUCAAAUUGCUGGCACUUUUGUUUACAUUCCUCCUGGCUCCAAACUGCUGACUUGUUUUGAAGAUGGCGACACUGUCACCCAUUCGGACAAGUCACUGAAGAGAAAUCUGUCUUUUGUGUGGAAGGCACCAGAUCAGCCCAUUGGAGACAUCAGGUUUUUUUUUUCAGUCGUCCAGUCGUACUUUGUUUACUGGGCAAGGAUUGAAUCUUCCACUGUGUCUCAACAAACACAAAACAGAAGUACUUCUGAAAGUAGGGUAGCCUCCAGGGCUAUAAAGCCAACACCUCUUCAGGAGCCCAGUGAUCUCAAAGGAGCAUUUCCUGCAGGCAAAGAACGUUCUAUCCCUGACACCAGCUUAACUCAGUCUGCAAACUUUACACCUACCAGCCUGACAUGGAUUUCAGCAACACUGAUUUUGGAACCAGCUUACAGCAGACGACAUGUCUCUGAGCCCACCGACAAUGGAAAGUUUCUGUCUGAAUCCCUUGCAGACUUGGUCACUUCACAUGUCAUCAGUCACAGUGGAGAAAGACAAGCUAAUGGAAGUGGCACAGACGGUGAUCUCACACUGGAGUCAUCACUUCAGUUCCAGGACCUCAGCCUCAUAGCACAAGAUUAUUCCUCCAGCCACAUCACAUACAAUGGGACAGAAAAUCCUUCAAGUAUUCCCAUAUCACAGUUGGCCUUGACUUGUAAGAAAGGCAUGGAGGGGAUUUCUACAACAUCUAACCCAGGCAUCAGCAAGUCUUCACCACCCAUCACAGCUUCAAUGUUGGUCCAGUAUGGAGACCCUUCACUGCUUUCAGGCAUGGGAACAACACCACCAGAACAUUUAGAUGGUGAAGAAGACAUAGAUGUCUACCAAAUCUUAGCAGCAGCUUCAAGGCAGAUGGUGGAGAAACAGCCAGUGAGUCGGAAAGCUCCAGCAAAUUUCCUGCCCCAGGCAGAACUCACAGUGCCUGGGCAGAAGGAAAAGGGCAAAAAAGAUACGUCUGGGAACACACUCCUGAAGGUGACAAGGGCAAUACCCAAAGUGGCUGUUUCCAGGGAAGAAAGGGGAAAGCCACACAAAGGUUCACAGCUUGUAGCAGCUCAACUUGGUGUUCUUCUUGGCUGCUCCGCGGUGCUUGGCAUGGUGUUGGCUAUUGGUCUACGCUGCAUCCAUUCCCAGUAUUGUCACAAGCGAACUGAAGUGUCCUUUAGCGAGCCAGACAACAAUGUCAUCGCACUCCAAGAGAAUGGGGAGAUGAUGCAUUUCAGAAAGAUACGGGAAAACAGCUUUGUCCUGGUGCAGGCAGAAUAUAACUGGAUCAGCCCAUCAGGCAGUGGGAAGAAAGCUGUUAUUUAGACAGCUCAUGAUGGGUCCCAUCCCCCCUUUUCUAGGUCACAUAGCUUCAUCUGUGUCUGUGUGCUUAUGGUAAGAAUGAAUAAAAGCACAGGAAACAGAACAAUUGCAUAUAACCAUCUAAGCAAAUAUAUCCGAUAUCGGCACGUUUUAGUUACAGUACAGAUGCAUCUUAACUACUUUACAGAUGUUAUGAAAUGUAGAUGUUCUUGGUUUCGAAUAUCAUGAAAAUAUGAAUAGACAUUUCACUUAAUGCAAUUA